AUGGCCUCAAUCCAGUGCUGCAAACCUGUUGAGAAACCAUGCAACCAAGGCCAGCAAAACCACUCAUUGAGCCAAAAGGUGUCUGAUCUGGCUAGCCGGGCUCUCAAAAGAGAAGAUGCCCCCAGCGGACAGACAACGGCCAAGAGCCAGACCCAAUGCCACGGCCAAAAACAGGCCGAAGGCGGAGGCUUCAAGACGACCGGGACUCACUGCUCAACCCAAACCCAGUCCCAUGGCCCAAAUGGGAAGUGUUUCGGUGGAACUACUAAUGGCAUGACCCCGGGAUGCGAUGCAAAGACAAACAGGAGAAGUGAGCGCAAGAAGAAGAGUCUGCUCCAAAGGAUCAAGGAUGGCAUUUCAGGCCAUAGCGAUGGCAGCAGCAGCGAGAGCGAGAGCGAUAGCGAUGAUAAGAAAUGUGGUAAAAGAAAGGCAAAAAAAAAGUCUGAACGAUUAGGUUUGACGGGAGUCGAUAAACUGGAGGAUCCAAUAAAAACCAUACCCGGACAAAGUUCCGAAUCAUCCGACACGUUUGACAUUGCAAUGACCCGUUUUUGCGAUGCUUUCUCGAAAGCGUUUGCUUGA